UGCGGUGACGCCGCGUACGGCCGCCGGGAGAAGUUUGAAAAAAUACGUGAAACUUUUUUUUUUUUUUCAUCGUGAGCGUUUAAUGUCAGCGUGGUUUCAUCUGCUUUCUUUUUUCGGCGAAUUUGGCGGAACUAGUUGGAGCGAGCGGUCGAGGCGGGACAGUGAACACGGGACGCUUCUCUUCCGCUCGGCUCACACAGCAGCCAGUGUCCUCCGAGCCAGCUGUCCUGACCAGAGGACACCUGUUGGUUCUGGAUUCACAGCAACAACGGAGGCUCUCUCAACUCUGAUAAUCUCUUACAGUUUGUGAAACUGAAACCCGCUCAGAAAUGCCUCAGCGUCGAGCCACACUCAGACACCCGAGGACAGCGAUGUCUAACCCUCAAGAAGAGCCGUCGGCCGCUGUGUCAGCUCUCCUGUCGUCGGCCUUGUCGGCUGCCGUGUCAGCUGCCAUGGCAGUAGCCAUGUCCGUGGACGCUAAGGCGGAUCUUGCGACGCUGCUCGACGAGUGGGAAGAAGCACAGCAGGGCACCACAGAGCAGCUGGUGACCAUCCUCACCAAAAUAUCUGAGCUGAUUGAACGGGAGACAGCCGAGUAUCACAAAGCCGACCCUGAUCCGUUUGAUGACCGUCAUCCAGGUCGGGCUGAUCCAGACUGCAUGCUGGGGCAGCUCCUGAAGAUGCUCUUUAUGAACGAUGACUUCACUAACGCGCUGAUGGACACGUAUAUAAUGACGAGCAGAGAGCUGGAGCUCAACACCGCAGCCUGUCGUCUGCUUCAGAACAUCAUGCCGGGCCUGGAGACGUCCGCCGUCUUCCAGGAGAAGGAAGGUCUGGUUAAGAAGUUGUUCACGUGGGCUCGUGAAGCAGAACGACCACUGAACAUCUACGCCACGGGCCUGCUGGCCAGAGCCAUGAGCAACCAGGAAGUGGCGGCCAGCUACGGAGAGGAGAACGCUCAGCUGGUACCCAUCAUGAUUUCGCGCCUUCAUAAGCUACAAGCUGAAAACGCCAAGAGUAGCUUAAGUCCCACCAAGAAUCUACCUCAGGACUCUCAGGUCGAAACAACCAAAACCUCAAACAUCUCAACAGACCAGCAAGACAAGACGGAGGGGGAAGAUGAGGGAGAGGAUGCAGAGAGCAGCAGGGCAGCAUCCAACACUAGUUCCAAACCUUUGUCCCAGCUCGGUCCGGCUCUGAAGAAUGGCGGCUGCAGCAGCAGCACUGGUGGAUCCAGCUCGACCCGACUGCUUCCAGACUUUGUUUACCAAGCGAGCCCAGUCUCCAGAGAGAUGGAGGACAGGCAGGGAGGAAGAGGAGGAGGAGGGAGGAGACGGGCAGUAAAGGAGAACGGGAGGAAGGCGAAGCAGAAAAUCAACUUCACCUCCUUCUCUGGCAAGACAGAGGAGGAGGUGGAGAGAAGCGAUGCCAGCGAGCAGCCGGCCGACAGCACCUCCUGGUCCGAGAUGAGCUCGAUGGUGAUUGGCUCCGACUACAGCCUCUCUCCGCUGAGCCUGGCCAUGGAGCAGAGACUCAUCCUGCAGUAUCUGACGCCGCUCGGAGAUUACCAGGAUCUGCUUGCCUUCUUCAUGCGGCUGGACACUUUGUCGCUGAUGAUGAAUUACAUCGACCUCAGGCAGACCAAAGACGUCCAGCUCAUCUUUGAUGCCCUCCUGUACCUCGCCUCGCUGCUCCUCCAUAAAAAGUUUGCGGCGGAGUUCAUCGCUCGCGGAGGAGUGCAGAAGCUUCUGGAGAUCCCGCGGCCGUCGAUGGCAGCGACCGGAGUGUCGCUGUGCUUGUACUACCUGGCGUACAAUCAGGACUCUCUGGAGAGGGUGUGCACACUGCAGGACGGCGUGCUGUCAGACAUGGUGUCCUACGCUCUGUGGCUGCUGGAGUCGUCCCACGCUGCCGGCGUCUGCCAUGCCACCAUGUUUUUCUCCAUUUCCUUCUCCUUCAGAGCCGUGCUGCAGCUCUUUGACCACCAGGACGGCCUGCGCAGGCUCGUCAACUUGAUCAGCACUUUGGAGAUCCUGAACGCAGAGAACGAGGUGUCCAUGAUGAGUGAUGACCAGGUGUUCUCCAGCCGGCAGACAGCCAAGCACACCUGCAUGGCCCUGCGCAGGUAUUUUGAAGCUCACCUGGCUGUGAAGGCUGAGCUGGUCAAACAGUCGCUGCACUCAGAUGGAGGCACCGUCGUCCCUCAGCAGCCAUUUUACAAGGCAUACUCGUACACCAGAGAGCAGGUUAUCGAGAUGAUGGAGUUCCUGAUCGAGUGUGGACCUCAGCUUCACUGGGAGGCGGUGGAGGUUUUCUACAAACUGUCCUGUGUCCCUUUAAUGCUGCAGCUCAUAUCAGCAGCCUGCGACUGGAGGACGUACUACGGCAGGAGUGACACGGUGCGAUAUGCGCUGGACAUCCUGGCGAUCCUGGUGGUGGUUCCUAAAGUCCAGUUGGUGCUUGCGGACACUAUCGAGGUUCUGGAUGAAAACAGGUCGCCUGUUUCCACUGUGGGUAUGAGCGUCAUUUUGGGAGUUGCAGAGGGCGAAGUGUUCGUCAACGAUGCUGAGAUCCAGAAGUCUGCACUACAGGUGAUAGCGAACUGUGUGUGCGCUCCAGACCAGAGCCUCAACACUGGGGGUGCUUUUGCUGUCGCCCCCCUCAGACCGUCUCUCCACCCCCAGCAGCCUCCCGCCCCCCACAACAGAGUGCUGGCCCACAUGUGGCAGGUAGUGCAGAACAACAACGGCAUAAAGGUGCUUCUGUCUCUGCUGUCGGUGAAGAUGCCGAUCACGGAUGCAGACCUGAUCCGAGCUCUGGCCUGCAAGGCUCUGGUCGGACUCUCUCGCAGCUCAGCAAUCCGACAAAUCAUCAGCAAGCUGCCGCUCUUCACCAGCAGCCACAUUCAGCAGCUGAUGAAAGAGCCGGUGCUGCAGGACAAACGAAGCGAGCACGUUCGUUUCUGCAGGUAUGCUGCCGAGCUGACCGAGCGAGUGUCGGGGAAGCCUCUCCUCAUGGGGACCGACGUCUCGCUGGCUCGUCUGCAGAGGGCGAAUGUGGUCGCCCAGUCACGGAUCACCUUUCCUGAGAAGGAGCUCCUCAUGCUGAUCAGAAACCACCUCCUGGCUAAAGGACUCCACGACACGGCGAACACACUCGUUAAAGAGGCGAAUUUACCCGUAGCAUCCUUCUGUCCGAACUCUUCCUCCUGCAUCACCCCCUCCUCCUCCUCAGGGAUUCCCAGGACUUGCCGGUUAGCUGGCGGGAUCACAGCUCGUAUGGCCGGUCAUGUUGGGACCUCUCCUGUGUCUUCGGUCGCUGUAGCCUCCUCCAUCACUCCCUCGUCCUCUCGUUCCCCAAUCACUCCUCACCCAUCAUGCUCCUCUGCCCUCCUCUCUCCUCCUCCUCCUCAUUCUGGACCUCAUGGGCAGAGUCCACAUCUGGUUGGCCGGAUCUUGUUCUCACGAGAGCGCCCGGUGGCCCAGUGCAGCUCAGGAAAAAAACUUCGCGCCCUGAAACAGAAGUCUGACCACGGUGCUUUCAUACAGACUCCAGCCAUGAAGAAGCAGCUGGAGCGCCACCUUCCUUCCCCUCCGACCCUCGACAGCAUCAUCACCGAGUACCUGAGGGAACAACACGCCCGCUGCCCCAACCCUGUCACCACCUGCCCCCCGUUCUCCCUGUACACCCCCCACCGCUGUCCUGAGCCCAAGCAGAGGCGACAGGCGUCUCCCAACUUCACCGCCCGCCUGGGCAGCAGGGUGCUGUACCCGAAAUAUGGCGGAGUGGACCGAGGCUGUCUGGAUAGACACCUGAUAUUCAGCAGGUUUCGUCCGAUGACGGUCUUCCACGAAGGCGAUGGAGACGAGAGCGGUUUCACCUGUUGUGCCUUCUCGGCCCGCGAGCGUUUCCUCAUCCUGGGAACCUGCUCCGGUCACCUCAAGUUCUACAACAUCUUCUCCGGAGAGGAGGUGGUCAACUACACCUGCCACACAUCAGCCAUCACACACCUCGAACCCUCCAGGGAUGGGAAGCUGCUGCUCACCUCUGCCUCCUGGAGUUUCCCCCUGUCUGCACUGUGGAGCAUGGACGGUGUCUUCACCCAGAAGAACUCGUUUUCAGACGAACACUACGUCGAAUUCAGUAAACUCUCUCAGGACAGAGUCAUCGGCACCAAGGACCAAAUCGCACACAUCUACGACAUCCAGACGGGUCAGAAGACUCUGACUCUGAACGAUCCCGCGCUGGCCAACAACUACAAGAGGAACUGUGCCACCUUCAACCCCAGCGACGACCUGGUGCUAAACGACGGGGUGCUGUGGGACGUGCGGGCGUCACGAGCUAUCCACAAGUUUGACAAGUUCAACAUGAACAUCAGCGGAGUUUUCCAUCCUAACAGCCUGGAGGUCAUCGUCAACACUGAGAUCUGGGACCUGAGGACCUUCCACCUCCUGCACACUGUCCCUGCUCUGGACCAGUGCAGACUGGUCUUCAACAGCAACGCCACCAUCAUGUAUGGAGCGAUGCUGCAGGCUGAUGAAGAGGAUGAUGCGAUGGACCAGCAGAUGAAGAGCCCCUUCGGUUCGUCCUUCAGGACCUUCGAUGCGACUGACUACAAGCCCAUUGCCACGGUGGAUGUGAAGAGGAACAUCUUCGACCUGUGUACCGACACUAAAGACUGUUACCUGGCUGUCAUUGAGAACCAGGACACGGUGAGCUUGGACACGGUGUGUCGUCUCUACGAGGUGGGACGACACAAACUGGCAGAGGAGGGAGACGAUGACGAUCAGGAUGAUGAAGACCAAGAUGAUGAUGAUGAUUCCUCAGACACAGAUGACGACGACGAUGACGACGAUGAUGAUAUUGACACCGACCCGCUCAUAGAAGAACUGGAGAACAACGAUGACCCAGAGAACGAGGACCGGAUCAACUCUCCCACAGAUGAAGAGGUUGCAGAACUUCUUGGCAGCAACAGCGACGACGACAACAGUGACGACGACGACUCGGAGAACUCGGACCAGUCGUUCAGAAGUGAUGAUCCAAGUAAUCCAGACUACCAGUCAGAUGAGGAGAUCCGUAUCCUUCGGUCCCUCAGAGACAGGUGGUUCUCCUGACCUGCUGCUGAAAACUUGAACCCCAACAAGGACUUUUUUUCCCCCUUUUUCAAAACCAUCAUUUCUCAUUUCAUCAGGCAAGUUGACUGUGAACACACUGGUGGGAUGUUGUCUCUCUGUAUUCUGAACUUCAGAGAGACUGAUGGUGAAUAAAUGCUUCCCAAAGAUCACGGUGCUCAACAUGAAUACUGACUUUCACUCUCUGCUGUGUUUCAGUCGGAGGGAGAUUCGUGAAUAAAAAAUAUUUAUGAUGUUUUAUGUGGAAGGAAGAUUUAAUGUUGCUCCGCUCCGAGAGAGUCGCUUUGUUUACUAAACUGUUCUGUGUUGAGCUCAGAGUUGAAUUCAUCGAGCGUGAAGCACCCAACAGAUGAAUCUCUCAGUUUUAAUCUAAAAUGUUACUUAGAGCCAUAAGAGGAAAACUAAACAGUGUCAUCCACUGAUGAAACAUCCUCAGAGAACUUUGGCCCAGUUCUGACCCGGUGUCUUCGUCCUGAAUGAUCCGACUGCUACAGGCAAAUUCUAAAUCAGUUUCCUUCUUGUAAAGACACUAAACAGUAACAAUAUAGGCUCCUUCUUUGCCCCCAGACUCCAUUUAAAAAUGUGUCAGUUUAGUGAGUUGUUGAGUUGGAGACACUUUAUAAACUCUGUGAAACUCUGUCUCUGACUCAUUCUGCAUUAUUUGGACCUUCUUAUAAAUUCAGCAGAUGUAAAACAUUAAGUUCUUUAUUUAUUUAUUGAAUUAUUUUGAUCGGGGGGACGUCUGUUCGUCAUCAGAUCACUCAGGACGGACGUUGACACCAGGACUGAACACGGUGUUUUCUCUGCAGUCGUCUUUUCUAAAUGAUGAAAGUUAAAAGCCAAAUAAUCAUAAAGGCUCGUUGAGUUUUUCCUCAUUUUACAGCAAUAAAAACGUGGAUGCACUGGAAACACUUCUGAGCCUGAAACACAUUAAAGUGUUUUCUGUACAGAUUUAAAGACACACAGAAGUCCUCUCUCUUAACUCGCAGGUACAAGAAUGUUUCUAUGCACAUAAUAAUAAAAAUACUUGUUUUAAUAUCAGAUGUUUGCAGCAGGUUUCCACUGCACUGAUGCUCCAGUCUGCAGUUACAUUCUGUAUAAUUUCCCCUAAAGUUAUAAAACAAAAAUACAUUUUUAAUGACAAUAUCCGACUUGUUUAAUUUGUGUUUUCUAAUGUUUUUCAAAGUCGGAUAAUUUUGUUUGAUUUAUUUAUUUUGACUGUUUCUGAUUGAAUUGAAUUUUUUUUAGUUUAUCUUUGUGGGACUUGACGGAGAAACUGAUGGAUCUUUUUUUCUUCUUCAUUUUAAACUUUUAUUUUUUUCAAACUGGCAGCACGAAGCCGACUGAAAAUCCUUUAAAUUAAUAAAUCUUAUAAUAAAGUCUUUAAAGCAAAAAGUGUAGCAAGAAAUGUAACUCAGUCACAGUAAAACAGAGUCGCAGCUGAUUUAAAACAGAGAAAGAACCAAAAAAGAGAAUUUAAUUUUGACCGUUCUAUAAACAGAAUCUGCUUUAAGUUCAUCCGAGAUUGUUGCAUAAACUUGACGGCACAUUGAGGAUGUAUUCAACAAUUUUUCAAUCAAUUUGUAAUUUCUGUUUCCCGAGACUAGAAUCAUAAUGUUGGCGAACACGAAUGUCUCUUUGAAGGGGAUAUUAAUACAGUAAACAGUGUUUAUGUAAUGAAUCGUAUUAUGCAAUGAUUGUUACUUAAAUUUAAUUAGUUUGCCUUUUAAUUUCAGUCGUAAUUUACACAAACUUGUUGUUGGAUGUUGUUUCAUUAUCAGCUGCUACAAGGUUUCAAACACACGUUGGGAAAUUUAGAUUUUGUAUUAAUAACAAUUUUUCACAUUUUCAUUUCACAGCGUGUUUACCUCAUCGAGCAGCCGACCUUUGACCCUCAGUCAUCGUUACAGGUUAACGUCACAGCCAGUAUUCCACAGUCUCUGACUCUUUGAGCUCGUGUGUGUGUGUUCAUGUUGUAAAUGACUUUUGUUGCACCAACGUCAGACGUGUUGGAAGUUUUCAGAUCAACGUUACGCUGCGUCAAACAAUCAGGAACGCGUUUCACAAAACUGUGAACGACCUGGAUCGAGUCCCGUGUGGAGUGAUUUAUUUUUAGUUUUUGUUGUUUUUGUUACUGGUCGUUCUGGUGAGAAACCAGUCGACUUCGCUGCUGCAGGAUGAACACUGAACACCACAGAUUUGUUCUUUGGGUUGUGAACGAACAGACGGAUGUUUACGUGACGUUUGUGUCGUCCAAUCACAAACUGAAGUGGAGCUCAAGAAGACGCUGAGUGUUUCAUCCUGCAGCAGCUGUUCAGAGCCACAGAAUCUACAAGAGAUUGUUUUGUCUAUAAAUCUGCUUUUCUGGUUGUAAAUGGUUGAUAAGACUAUCAGUAUAUACUUGAGUUCAUAAGUUCUACUUUAAUAAUAAAAGACCUCCCUCUUGGAA